AUGUAUGGACAGGUAGCAAAGGUACAUGCAAAUUUGUAUGAUUAUGAAAAAUAUAAUAAUAUAAAAUUAAAUGGUGUGAAUAAAGACGAAAAUAAUAAAAUAAGUUGUGAUACGUCAAAACAAAAAAGUUAUAAAAAUUUCGAAAAAAUGACAAACAAUAUAUUCAGUGAAAUGAGUAGUGUUCGUAUAAUCAGUUCUACAGAUACUGAUAACGUCAAAGAAAUUGUGAAAGAUGGAAAUAAUAAUAAUAAUAAAAAUAGCAAGCUCAAAAAAAUGUUUAACGGAAUUAUAAGUAAUAAAAUGAAACAUGCAAAAAAUGUAUUUGAGGAAGUAAAAGAGCAUAUUAAAUAUACAGCUAAAGAAGCUCAAAAAAAUAUGAAUUAUCCUUUUUGUAAAUCACCAUGCAAUAUUGAAAAUUUAAAAAAUACGAUAUAUAUAAAUGACGAAGAAAUUGUUAUAAAUAAAAAUAUUUAUAAAAAUAUAUUUACAAAUAAAAGAAAAGAAAGUAAUGAAAAUCAAGAAGAAGAGGAUGAAGAAAAAGACGAAGGAAUAGUAGGAAAAAAAAAAAAUGAUCAAAAUUUAUUUGCAUGUGAAAAAAGUGAUAUAAUUAUUAAAGGGGAAUAUAAUUUUGGAUUUAACAUUGAUGUUAUUUCAGAAAAUGAAGAAAAUAAAAUUAUUGCAUAUGCAUAUGAAAAAGAUACAAAUAAAAAAUUACCAUGUAUUUAUAAAUGGAGGCGAAUAUAUUAUGACAAAGAAUAUGGAUUAAUAGAGCAAAUUUUGAAUAAUAUAGAAAAUCAAAAUAUACAAGGAAAAGUAAAUUCAGACAAUGAUAAAGGAUGUUAUAGUAGCGAAUAUGAACUAACUUCUGAUGAUAUUGGAUUCAAAAUAUUUGUAGAAUGUACUUGUAUUAAUAGUGAGCAUAUUGAUAAUGGUUCUAUCAGUUCAGAAAAUUAUAGAGACGCAAAUUUUGAUGAAUAUGAAAAGGCAGAACAUAUCAAUAAUAUCAGAAUGAAUAAUGAUAGAAAUUUUUUUUACAAUAAUGCGUCAUCUUUUAAAAGCACAUUCAAAGGUACAACAAGAGAAAGUUACAUGUCAGAAUAUGAAAAAUUAGAUAACAAAAAAGGUUAUGAUAAUAAAAAAAGUUAUGAUAAUAUGCAAAAUAGUAAUGAAAGUGAUGAUGAAAAUAUGUUAAAAAAAUCUACAAAAAGAGAAGUAUUCAAAUCAGAUGAUGAAUUUUCUUUGUUUGGUAAUACAAAAAAUGAAAAAAAUAAAAUAUUUUCAACAAAAAUUACAAAUCCAUACAACCAAAACAUAUCUCAAACUAUUGAUACCAAAAUUAAUAAUAAAUAUUAUGGUGUAGCUAUUGCUGAAAUUGGACCAUUUAAUUUAAAUACCAAAACAAAAAAUAUGUUAGAAACUAUUAUAUAUAAUGAUGCAAUUAAAUACCCUAUAUAUAUAUUAAAGAAAGAAGACAAAAUAAAUAAUAGUUUGCAAAAUGAAAACAAAUAUUAUGAUCAAAAAACUUUUGAAAGUAUUAUAUUUAAUGAAAACAAAAUUAAUAAUUCAUUUAGUACAGAUAAUUAUGUUGAUAAUCAAAGUGUGUAUUCUAAUUUAGAAGGGGAAAACGAAUAUAUAUAUAUGUUGCAUAUAUAUAAAAACGAAAUAAAAAUUAUUAAUCAAAAUAAUAAAAUGAAAAAUAUGUGGAAUUAUAAAUUUCAUCAUAUAUAUCCAUAUGUAGAAUUUAUUAAUACAGAACGGAAAACAGAAAAACAAAACACAAAUGAUGAAAAUAAUAAUCACUUUUUAUUACAUGUUAAUGAAAAUGAGUCUUAUAAAUGCAAAUGCCUAUUUAAAAGACAUCGAGAUUUAAUAUCUAUUUUAUUAAAAUACAUGCACGCUAAUAUAUAUAUUAUUAAUGAAUAUAUAUUUAAUAAUAUAAAUCAUAAUUUUGAAAAAACAAGAGUUAAAAAUAUUUUUAACAAUGUAGAUGUUAAUUCAAUUCUUGAAAAUCUAAACAAAGAAUUAUUACUAAAUAGAAAAAUAAAUCAAAAAUAUCUCAACAAAAUUAAUAAUUUACAGGAUGAAAAAAAUGCGCUUGAAGAUGACCUUAAAAAUACGAUAGAAGCAUUUCAGAUCCAAUUAGAUACCGCCAAAAAGUUCAAGGAUCAAAAUGAAUUGAUAAAAGAAAACGAACGGCUUAUGAAAGAGAUCAAAAUACUACAAGAUAAAUACAAAAAUGUGGAUUUAUUUUUUAAGGACAAGUAUAAAUUAUUAUUAAAUGAUAUUGAAAAAUAUAAAAAAUUAGUACAAGAAAAUAUGUCCAAGAAUAACUCAAAAGAGGAUCAAAAGUUCCAAGAGAAAAUACAGUCUAUCGAAAAAGAAAAGAUUAAUUUAUUAAAUGAAAAUAAAAAAAUACAUAAUUUGUAUUUGGAAGAAAAGAAAAAUAAAACCGAUUUGGAGAAUAAAGUAGAAAAUUUAAAUUUAAAAUUGGAUCUUUUAAACAAAUCUUUACAAGAGGAAAAACGAAAAGGGCAAGAAACAUAUGAAUCUCUAAAGGAAUUAAAAGAGAUUAAAAAAAAUAACAACUAUUUACAAAAAGAAAAUAUCAAAAUAUCAAAUGAAAUAAAUUUAUUAACUUCGGAAAAAAACAGAUUAACAAAAUUGGUUGAUUCUUUAGCAAAAGAUAUUGAAAAAUCAAAAAAGAAUGAAGCUUCAAAAAAAGACGAUAAUAAAACAGAAAGCAAACAAAAUGAUAAGCUAUUAAAAGAGCUUAUGUCUUUAAGGGAUGAAAACGAACUGCUCAAAAAAAGGAUUAAAAAAAUUGCAAAUUUUAGCAAUACCGCCUCGUAG